GUGGCGCGAAAACGGCCAUAAAGCUGGAAGAACCCAACAUACAUAGCUCCCGGCACCGUGGGCGGUAGAACGUGCGUUUGACAACGACUCCUCUCGCCAUUCCUGAAUAUCAUUCUUUUCAGGAACAUCACCAGCCGAUUUUCCAAGUAUCGUUUGCUUGUUUGUAUUCGCAGGAUAUAGUUCCAGGAAUACGAUUUAUUUCUUCAAUUAUUGUUUGUGGGAACAGUAGGAAAGGUCAGCUGAUCUGAACGUUUCAUCAUUCCUAAUCGAAGGAAAUCCUUUGCUGAAUUUUAGACAAAUGCUCUAAAGUUUAGGAACAUCGUUAUGCUUUUAUUAACUUUGAUUGCUGCGUUUUUACCUGCAACCUUUGCUGUGAAAUGUUACACAUGCAGUUGGUCUCCCAAAGACGCUCCGAAUCGGACUGUGAUGUGCAACGAUGAAUUCUUCGAGGGAAACGCCAUAGCCAUUUCCGAAUGUGAUAAUGGCUGCCAAACGUACGUCCAUAUGGACAGAAAUGGAGUGAUUGAGCAACUCCGUCGAAGCUGCUUGCAGCCGGAAGACGAAAUGACGGGGAACUGUGUCAGUGAAGAGAACAAGGCCUUUUCCGCCAAGAGGUGUACUUGCAACUACAACCUAUGCAAUGCGGGUGCAGUGAUGUACACGGCGGCCUCCCUCCCACUUCUGUUUCUCCUGACCGUGCUUACGAAUAUUCUUCAUCGAGUCUAAAAAGUUGUUGUUGCUUCUAUUAUCCUAUUCAUCGGAGCCUGGAAGCCAUCCUAUGCGCAUGCCUCGCCAGUUUGCAGUUUUUUCAUUCUUUGCAAACUUGGAUUAUCUCAUUUUGUAAAGACCAGACAUGUUAAAAAUCAUUGAUCUUUUUCUUAGUGUUUUAUGUAUAUAUAAUAUAUAUAUUUGUAUGCGUUUGACUGUUGGGAAAGGGGCAUUUGUAAAGAGAACCAGGAAGUCGUGUUAUCAAGAAACAUAAUUUGACAAUGUUGUAUUGUUUAAAUAUUUGAAUGUCUUGGUAAUAAAUUGCUAAUUAUGGAGGGCAAAGUGAUCAUAAAAUAUUGUACUGAUUGUAAAAUCUUAUUGAAUGAAAUAACCGUUGAAGAUGGUGUUACAAAAGUUUAACUCAAUUCAUAGCCCUGUUCUUCAUUUAAAAAAAAAAAAUUAUUGAACAAGUGGCAUAGCUAAUUCAUACAUACCCCUAGUAGUACACAUAUAUUGUACAAUAUUUUAUGAUAUAAAACAAUAUACGCAAUAUUGUAUAAUAUUGUUUAACAUUGAAUAAUAUUAUAGAAUAUUGCACGAUAUUGUUCUACCUGAAAAUGAAUGAAAAUUUAUUUUUAGCAAAACGGAAUGGAGAUGAAAAGCGCAGUACUUUUUUGUGAAUAUAUAAACACAAGGGAAAUGUGCCCUUUAUGUUCAGGGAAGGAGAGUUCAGACCAUGUUAUGAAUGGCUGCUUGACCCAACAUUUCGGGAUAAUCAAGCAUUUUGAAGGACACUAGAUGCUAUGUCUAGUGUUACAUAACAGAUGCUAUACAAACAAUGGGCAAAAUUAGAAUAGCAACUUGACAUUUUGGGGGCUAACAGGAGAGCACAUGUUGAAAUGUGCUAAUGUAAUUGAUUUAAUUGCAAAUUUAAUUAAUUCUUAAUUUACAAAAAGAAGCAUAUGUUUAAAUCAGUGAUGGAUUUAGAUAGUUUUGCACAUUACCAGGCAGCCCAGCCUGUUGCACAAUAUUGUGCGAUAUUAUAUGAUAUUAAUCAAUAUUCCACAAUAUUGUGGUUAUUGAUCAAUGUCUUACAAUAUUGCUCAGUACUAGCAUGCUACUGGGAUUAUGAGGUCCUUCUUUUAAUAAGCUGUCAAUUCAAUUUCACCUUUCAAUGCACUUUUAAUGUAUCAGUGUUUUAUUUUAGAUUACUCUUUCUUUAUUUUGUGAAAAUCUAUGUCUUUAUAACAGUUCCAGACUGUUUGACAUGAAUUAUGUUUGUACCCAAUAUAAUUGAAACAGAGGUUUAAUGUUUAUAAAUAUUCUAAUAACUAAACCAAUGUAAUGAACCAUAUAGGAAAUCUAAAUCAAUUAUACUUGAUUAAGUAGUAAUAUUAUCUUAAAAUUUUGUCAGUCACCGAAUUUUGUGUUUUUUUACUAACUUAUUGAUUAGGAAACUAGAAAAAUAAUUAUUAUAAUCGACUUGGUUGCAACCUUGGGCGUCUGCUUCGUUGGAAAUCCCCCACUAUGUUCAAAUAUAAUGGGUUUUGUACGAUUCAUUUUUAUAACUGGGUCAAGACUUUGUAUUCAUACUGAAUUUCAAAUAUCUUGUGUAAUUCCAGUUUUGAAACACUUGAUUUGUUGAUUACAAUAUAUAUUUUAUAUCUAGUUGCAUUGAAUAAAUCUGUUAAAUAAAGUCCUCUUUUUAAACAAGCAAAGGAUCCACUGGAAAUGGACUUCAUAAUUUAGCACAAUUGCCAAUUGAUGUUUGUCUACUAAAUUUGAUUGAUACAGAAAUUUUUAAAAAUUAAAAAUAUUUUAUUUGAAAAAAAAAAUUUCCAUGUCUGCUAUUGUCUAUUAGCAGUUUGAUUUCAGGACCAUAGGGUUAAAUCAUUUUUCCACGGAAGGUUUAAGAGCUUUUGCUCUUAAAAUCAAGCAUGAUCUUUUUCGAUUGGUAUGCAAGUUUAAAAGAGAUUGGUGCUUUAGAUGUUAUCUGACCACAGCUCAUUAUUAUGAAGUUUGCCCCAAUGUCCUUCCAUUAGCUUUAAAAAGGAACAUUAAUUUACUUAUAUUAAAUUAGCCUGGGAAAUUGAAUUAUUUGAAGAGGUAGACUUCCUGGUUCUCUGUAUAUCUGUAUCAGUGUUUUCCCAGAAUUUUUAUUUGUGUGAUUUUAUUAUUAUAUCUAACUAUGUGUUAUCAUUAGCAGUUUGUGUAAUUACUGUAUCUUCUUGAUAUUUUCUACUUGACAUAUUGUCUUUUGCAUUGAUACAUAAUUUUUAAUAGCAUAACAUUAAAACAUUAUCAAUAAAAGGUUCUUUUCUUUUCUGUUAUGCAUUAGUAUUAUAGAUCAUUUUUUUUAUUUAAUGUAAUAAGAAAUAAUCAAUUUCCAAUCUAAAGCCAAAGAAAAUGAAAUAAAAAACAAAGCCCCCAUUUUUACUUUUUU